ACAACAGACUGCUAAAAUAAGUUCCGCUAUCGCAACGCUUCGCAACCAACCAAGCUUUGACUUUCAACGAACAGACAGAUAGCGUUCUGUUUUUGCGAAAGUGAAGCUUGUAUUUAAAUGCAAAAGCAAUGCCACCGAAAGGUGCUACAAAGAAGCAGGUUGGACAACCUGGCGCUAGUAAAGCAAAGCAAGUGGGGCGGCCCCAACGGGUCAGCAUUGCACCGGGAAAAAUUUUGAUGAAGGAUGAUGAUGAUAUGACUGAAGCAGGUGACCAAGGACAUGGAGAAGAAUGGAUGCAGGGCAAGACUCUGAUUAAACCUGAUGAUCAACUAGAACUGACCGAAACGCAAUAAGUGAGCAAGCUAUCAGUGAGGCUGGAGAAGAAAAGAAGGAAGAAGGAGAAGAGACAGAAGGAGAAAAGACAGAAGGAGAGACUGAACAGCCAGUGGAGAAAGCUGAAGAGGGUGGAGAGAAACCAGAGGAAGAUGGUACCACCCCUGCUCCUGCUGCAGCGGGUGAGCAAUCAAAGUUAACAAACCAGUUCAAUUUUUCUGAAAGAGCAUCUCAAACAUAUAAUAAUCCAUACAGGGAAAGGGGAACAGCAACAGAGCCCCCUCCCAGAGCUAAUUUCUCAGCUACUGCCAACCAAUGGGAGAUAUAUGAUGCCUACAUGGAGGAUCUAGAACGACAGGCGGAGGAAAAAGCAAAAGAAAAGAAACAAUCAUCGUUAACAAAGAAAGAUGAUGAUAAAAAUAAGAAGAAGGUUACUGCACUGGAGACCCAAUCAGACGACAUUUCACGCAUCGCCAAAGCGGCUCAGAUUGUGGAAAGAAUGGUCAACCAGAAUACAUACGAUGAUAUUGCACAAGAUUUCAAGUAUUGGGAGGAUGUGUCCGAUGAGUACCGAGACCAGGAAGGCACACUAUUGCCACUGUGGAAGUUCUCAUACGACAAAGCUAAGAGACUAGCAGUCACUUCCUUAUGCUGGAACCCAAGGUAUAAGGACUUAUUUGCUGUAGGCCAUGGGUCAUAUGAUUUCAUGAAGCAGUCAGCAGGCAAACUUCUCCUCUACACUCUCAAGAAUCCGUCUUAUCCAGAUUGCAUCUACGACACAGAGAGCGGGGUCAUGUGCCUCGAUAUACAUCCUGAGCACCCGUACCUUGUAGCCGUCGGCUUCUAUGAUGGGUCAGUGGCCGUGUUUAACCUCACCACUACCAGUAGCAAACCAAUGUUUCAGAGUACGGCGAAAUCAGGGAAGCAUACCGAUCCAGUGUGGCAGAUUUGCUGGCAAAAGGAUGAUCUUGAUAACAACCUCAACUUCUUUUCAAUAUCGUCUGACGGCAGAGUUGUGCAAUGGACUCUAGUAAAGAAUGAGUUAACAUUCACUGAUGUGAUUGAGUUAAAGAUGGAGGAUGCCCCACAAGAAGGUCCAGAAGGGACACAAAUAGCAACAUUGAGCUGUGGUACCUGCUUUGAUUUCCACAAAAAGACUGACUACCAGUUCCUUGUGGGUACAGAAGAAGGUAAGAUCCAUAAGUGUUCUAAAGCUUACUCAAGCCAGUUCUUGGACAGCUUUGAUGCCCACCACAUGGCAGUCUACAGGGUACAGUGGAACUACUUCCACCCAAAUGUCUUCAUAUCAUGCAGUGCUGACUGGAGUGUUAAGAUCUGGGACCAUACUUACCCAAAGAAAGAGCCAAUGUUCACCUUUGACCUCGGUAACUCGGUUGGUGAUGUAGCCUGGGCACCUUACUCUUCAACAACAUUUGCAGCUGUUACAGCAGAUGGCAAGGUACAUGUGUUUGAUCUGAGUUUGAACAAAUACGAGCCAAUCUGUGAGCAAGCUGUUGUACAAAAGAAGAAAACAAAGUUGACACACAUAGUCUUCAAUCCAGACCAUCCAAUUAUCUUGGUUGGAGAUGAUAGGGGAUAUGUUACAAGUAUGAAAUUGUCUCCAAAUCUGAGAAAGAAAAAUCCAAAAAAAAAGGAAGGCAUUGAAGAACAGAUCGCCAAGAUGAAUAAACUCCUUGACCUGGUCAGAGAGCCAAUUGAUAACAACAAGAAAUGAGAUGACAAACUAAUUGCGAGUUGAUUUCUAUGAUCAAGUGUUUCAGUGACUAUCCAUGCUUAUCGGCCACCAGAUAGAACUUCCGUCCAAUCAAACACCUUGAAAUAAAGUAGCCAUGACUUUAAUUACCAAUUACUUGACAUUUUCACUACUUGGCAUUUUCACUUUCUGUUUGAUGUAUUUUUAUUUUCAAAUAUAAAAUUAUAAUCUUUAUGUCUCAUGAUAAAUGGUGCAUAUUGCUUGUGACUCAAUUGUAUGUGUAGAGAAUAUUAUAAUGAGUCUUAGGUACAGCAUUGUAUCUUCUUGUUAACAUACUAUACAUCAAAUGAAUUAUAUGAUACAGUAAGUAUAAUAAUUUAAUAUAUCAGUUAGGCCAAAAAAAAUAAAUUUUUGUGUUGGCCACGUUUUGGGAAAAUCCUAAAAAUUAGUAGGUCGGUAGGAAAUUUUUUUUUUUUAAGCCAAAAAUGUAUUUACUUUUAAAAGGUAUAAAAUAGCCUACUCCAAGGUUAUUUCAGCCUUAUUAGCUCAUGGAAAAGAAAUAUUUUUCCUUGUAGUAAAAAAAAAACAAAAAACUGAAAUGCUGACCCUGAAUUUAGUAAAAUUUUGGUCGGUCGGGCACGUCCAACACAAUUUUUUUUUUAUUUGGCCUUACAUGUUAAAUUUAUAAAUGAGCACAUAUUUAUUUAAGCAAUAUUCCAUGUUUUAGAUAAUGUCAAAAUAUUACUUUUGCUUGUUAUUUUUAUUGUUUGUAAAUAAUAGCUUAUAGAAAAAAAUCCAUAUCUUUUCAAGAUUGAGUGUUUGGUAUGGAACUGUCAAUGUUUACCAAGAUAUGAAAUUAUUAAUAAAAGUUAACAAAUGUUAAAAUUAA